AUGGCGUGGCGCUGGCUAGUUCUCUUUCCUUGCCUGUGCGCAGCCGACAACAUCCAGAAUCAGGCAGUUUGCGGAGAGCUAGCAGAGGAGCAAUGGGACCGGUUGACCUUGCUGCAGAUUGAGCUUGCCAUCCAGCCGAAUUCUACCGGAAACUCCUCACAGGCUCGGUCUGCGCCCACUGCAAAGUCGCAGCCGGAUGCGCGGAGAGGGCUCAAGGAGCACUUUCAGUGGUGGAUUCCAUUGCUCCGGAUGUCCCUACUCUGCCUCACCUUCGUCAUUGCCCACGGCUGGCUUUUCCGCAGGUGGAAGGCCAUCUUCUUGUUUCUGAUCCCUUUAGAACUGGUAACAUAUCCCUCAUCUAUAGCUGCGAUGGAAGAGAAUCACGUGUUCUUUUGGGCGAAGGCCUUCAGUGUUGCACUCGCCCUGGAAGUUGUUGCAGCCUUGUGCGUUGCGUGUGCUCCAGACGCAGCAGCUUGGCCCUUGAAUGGCUGCAUCCAUCCUUUCUGCGCUCGCCAUCUCAAGGGCCGUUUUUGGCCAUUCAUGGUGUUGUACUUGGCACUGAGCGUGAACAUUCUGGAGGCGGUGCUUACGGACUUGGCCCAUCAGCGCACGUUGAACGUUCUCGCCGGCCUUUGCCUGAUAGCAAGCACCCCCUUGCCUGGAGCUAUUCUUUUCCAAUAUCCUCUGGACUUGAUUCGCAAGUACAACAUGCGUGCCCAAGCGGACCUACAGGGGCUGGACGCGACCGAAGAGGACUUAAAAGCACGGGUUUCUGAUUGGUAUGUCACCCUGCUACAGACUGGAAGCAGCAGCGUACCCUUUGCCGACUUUUGCUGCCGCCUUCCCCUGUCGUGGAUCUGGUUGUACACUUCCUGGAAUGCCUGCUUCAUGCUUGACAUUUCGAUCCUUACCGACUGGAAUCUGGCGGUGUUGCUUGUUCCACUGCUUGAGGGCCAUCGCAUCUCGUCCGUCUCUCAAAUUCAUGGGGUUGCUUCCUACCCCUGGAUGAACUCGCACUGGCUCCAGGCACGAACUUUCAGCCUCUGGCUAUGGUUCAGUAUCCAGGGACCUCUUCACAAAGACUAUUUUGACAAUGCCUUUGCUUUCCGUGACUGGUUUCAGCUCACACAACAUGAAGAAGAUGAAGUUGCCCAUUACUGGGGUGCUUUUAAUCUUCUUUGGGCCGUUAUUCAUCUUGCUUGGUUCUGGCAUCGAGCUUACCGACUCAGCCAAGCUAGCACAUAUGAGAAGGAGGCCACAAGUGGUGUGGACUGA